GUGCGUCUGUGGUCUGCCAGUAGAAAUCUAAAUAAAAAUAUUUAAUUAUUUAAUAUUUAUUUAUUUAAAAUAAAAUUGUAAAUAAAAUUGAAAAAUAAAUUUAAAAAAUGAUGCCGAACGGAUAUGAAAGCGGAAAAUACAUCGACACCGGCGACGAGACCACGUUCCUGUUCACCUCAGAAUCCGUUGGGGAGGGCCAUCCAGAUAAAAUAUGUGAUCAAGUCAGUGAUGCUGUAUUGGACGCUCAUCUCAGCCAAGACCCGAACGCCAAAGUCGCCUGCGAGACAGCAGCCAAGACGGGCAUGAUAAUGUUGCUAGGCGAGAUAACAUCCAAAGCCAAUGUAGACUAUCAAAAAGUUGUCCGAGAUACAAUUAAAUACAUUGGCUAUGAUGAUUCCUCUAAGGGGUUUGACUACAAGACGUGCAAUGUCCUCUCGGCACUGGAACAGCAGUCGCCUGACAUUGCUCAGGGGGUCCACAUCGGUCGAGAUGAAGAAAACAUCGGUGCUGGAGAUCAAGGUUUAAUGUUUGGAUACGCGACUGAUGAAACGGAGGAAUGCAUGCCUCUCACGAUCAUACUUGCACACAAACUCAACCAGAAGAUCUCAGAACUGAGGAGGAGUGGUGUUCUAGCGUGGGCCAGACCGGAUACCAAAACACAGGUAACAUGUGAGUACAGGAUGUUGAAGGGAGCCUGCAUCCCACAAAGAGUACAUUCCAUCGUCAUCUCCGUUCAACACUCCGAAGAUGUUACGCUAGAACAGAUACAGAAGGAUCUUAAAGAAAAGGUGAUCAAGGCAGUUGUUGCGAGCAAGUACCUGGACGAGAGGACCGUCUACCAUCUCAACCCGUCUGGAAAGUUUGUCAUCGGCGGCCCCCAGGGAGAUGCAGGACUGACGGGCAGGAAGAUCAUAGUUGACACGUACGGAGGUUGGGGCGCGCAUGGUGGGGGUGCUUUCAGUGGAAAAGAUUUCUCAAAAGUGGAUCGUUCGGCUGCGUAUGCUGCUCGUUGGGUUGCCAAGUCUCUCGUCAAAGCAGGACUCUGCAAGAGGGUUCUUGUUCAGGUGUCAUACGCCAUUGGGGUCGCCAAACCACUUGCAGUCUUUGUGAGCAGUUAUGGAACGGGGGUAAAACCAGACAGUGAGUUAUUGAGGAUCGUCAUGGAAAAUUUUGACCUUAGACCUGGAAGAAUUGUCAAAGACCUCGAUUUGAAACGACCAAUUUACUUCAAGACGGCAUCAUACGGUCACUUCGGCAGACCAGAGUUCACCUGGGAACAGCCUAAACCUCUUAAGUUUUAGUGCUCAGGACACUUGAUAUUUUAUGAAUGGGAUGAGAUGAAACGUUUGUUUAGUUGCUCGUUUGAAUGUACGUGUUUGUUGUUUUGAGGUAUGAGUGUUACAAACGUUAGCCUAAGAACAAUGAAAUAACAUGAUGAAUACUUAAAUAAUAUUGUGCCGUGUUAGUCAAGAUUGUGUUUCUUCUAAGUUGUGAUUUUUGAAUCAGCUGUUCUUUCAUCCAAUUCUGUGUUCUAAGUUCCAACGCUUCAGACAUCCAACGCAAAAUCUACUUAACCCAUUUGCAUUCAUCUAGCAGGGACGAUACCUAUUUAAUUGACGUUGGUUUAUCUGUUUAUAUAUAUCACUUUUUAUACAUAAAGAGCGUUGUAUAAUUUUUUAGGGUUAAUUUUAAGUGUUAUGCUUGUUUUAAGUGUACGUUACUAUGAUGACAAUAACAUGCGUGUGUAUGACGGCGUAUGAUUUCUGCAUAACCAGCUUGAGCCUCAGAUCCAAUGACCUUCAACUAGGCCACAGUUGAAUCAUGAUGCACGAAUCUAUGUGAUUGGUUGGUUGGAAUGUUGAUACCCUGAUCACGUGAUACCGACAAAGUUUAGGGAUUUUUUAUGCUUCGAUUUGCUGGCCAUGAAAUAUGUGAUUAUGACGGUGUUGUUGUUCGGUGCUUCAUGGUUCUUCUGCAAACAAUUUCAAAACACAUCUCCAUUUCGAUUUUCUCUGACGUUAAAAUGAGAUCACCUCUGUUGAACGUUGUAUAGGGUCUCGACGUUUGCUGUCCAGUACUUUGAAUGGGGAUGCCACACUAGUUAUCUUGUUUGUCUUGUGUUUAUGAUGAUUAAAUAGGAAAAGAGCAAUCACAUAAACACUCGGGCCUUCUAUUGGAUCCGAACUCCCAUGCUGAUUUCUAUUUUAAAAUUUGUUAAUUAUUUUUAAAAUUAGUUUAAAUGUACUAAUUAUCGUUGACCAGUGAAAAUGAAUUAGUUUUUAAUCACUUCUACGGAGAUGAAGCUCAUUCAAUUUUUUGCUUUUCGUUUAAUGGUAGGCUUUUUAAAAUUUUAAUCACAAUUUGUCUAACUUAUUGAAUAAAAUAUUCUCUAGAUUUGUGUAUUAAUUACAUUGGGAUAUUGCAAUUUUUUGUCAUCUGUUUUUGUUAUUGGCUGAAAAAUGUAUUUAAUACUGAUGAACAUUAUUUUGACCAGCCAACUGUGUGUAAAUAAUUAAUAUUAAGUUUUAACGUUUUAUCCCGGGUUGAAAUAAAGUGACUCAAAAAGUA